GGUAGGUGUAGUUUAGGUGCAAGUGUAGACUGUCUGGCGUGGUCCUCAGGUGACCUCUCCGCUAGACAGUUGCGGAAGAAGGAGCUGAAGACUGAGCACGCGCAUCGUACUUCUUUAGCUGGUUUCUUCGCUCGUCGGUCAGUACUUUGCUUUUUUCUGUCUAAUCCUCCAAGUGACAGUGGUGUUUAUGGUGUCUAUGGCAGUACAAGCCUGGGUGUGUAUGGGACCUUCCUGUGGCGCAUGCGCAUUCGAGGAAAACCAGGAUGUAGCCGUCUCUUGUUAAGGUGAUCGCUGUUGGUAUUUAUAGUUCGGGAGAAACUAAUCCUUGAGUUUUCUAGUAAUGUAAUAAUAACAUUUUUUUUUUUCAAAACGAAAGCUGGAACUAAAUUAAAAAAACAAAUACAAACUGGUGUACAGCCAAACAUGUGUUCAUAAACAGCCGGUGAACGCAGCCACUCGUCUUGUUUAGUAGGAACCGUGCGUCCUCAGGGUCGUGAAAACUAACUUUGAAAACAGUCUGUUGUGACAAAGAUUUAGAUAAAUUAACAUAAUCAGCUCUUCAUGAGACAAUCUCUCACAUUCACAGCUUCUGAUAAAGAAAAUAGAUAACAGGUCCUUUGCUUUAUCCCCUGACUACAACAAGAUCUACAUUGUACGGGCUCCGAAGUCUCAAAACCAUCGCAAGGUAGAAGGUUGGGAGGGGACUCAAUGCCCUAGUGCAGAUAAAAAGAGCAUAACUAACAUCAAAAACAUUUGUGACAGUUCAAGAGUUCAGAAACAUUCGUUCACGGAGCAUUUAGGGAGAAACCAUGUGUGCAAGACAGUCGACAAGCAUUGACCUUAACGACCUGGACUUCACGCAGCUGAGCGCCCUUCACGCGCUCUUCCAGGAAAAUAAAAAUGAAAAGUACGACAAGAAAGGGUUUUGUCUUGCCGUGAAGCAGACUAUAGGACCCAACUUGACAGACCAAGAAAUAGAAAAGUUCUUCGUGAUGGUCAACACCAGGUUUUCGAAAAGCAUUUACUGGUCAGACUUCAUCAGGAGCAUCAAAGGAGUUCAGGAGCGGAUUUAUUUGAAGGACACGUUGGUAAAAUCGGUAUUCUUUGACCCCAAGGUUUCCUUCACUCAAACCAAGCACAGAAAAUCCAUCGUAUCCAUACGCUUUAUGCCUAUCCUCAACCUUCAAAGCGAGGCGAUUGACUACUCCAGGGGGCGCUACGUGAUGCUGGACAAAGAUGGCCUGCUUUCCCUGUGGUCAAUAAGCGUGCGUCCAAUCAGAUAUUAUUGGAUUGGACAUGAUCGCUUUCUGACUUCCAUGCGUUUCACGGACAUGGUGGUCUUGUAUCCAACCCCCCUGAUUGCUGUAGCCUCUACCUCACGCUGCAUCACCAUCUGGGAAUUGCUAGAUGAAAUCUUGGACCGGAAGUAUGACAUCGUGGAGAUGAAUGCCAUUCCCACCUGCUUAGACUUCUGGGCUAAACUUCCAUCUGGGGACCACAGUGUCCUGAUUUGGGGCGACUCGGCCGGGGAUGUAUACUGCCUGUCCUUAAAUGUCAUCUCGAAAAUCAACAUGUUCGUCAAGGAAGAAACGCGCGAGAAACCUACCCGAGUCUCCUUAGACGACUUCAUGAAUGACAGAGGUUACGGUCGUUCAGUGGUGGCCAUAGCGAUCCGCGAGGUAGACGAGCAUAUCAUCUCCGUGGAGAAAAGCCAUGCCGUCAGCGUCCACAGCUUAAAGAGUCAAGUAUGCGUGCAACGGUUCGCUGGCGGUGACUUGCUAAAGCUGGGCAAAAAUCCCGUCUCAAGCAGUUUCUACAACCCCGUGUCCAGCAGGUUUCUGAUGGCCACGACGGUGUUGGUCAAACUUGGCCCCGAUCAAACUGUGAAUGUACCCCAAGUGGGCUCGUCUUCAAAAGCAGCCGUCGGCGUGGUUUACAGCCCUAUGUACGAAAGAGUCAUCUGCGCUUGUCGCGAAGGCAUUAUAUCGAUGUGGGAUGUCCAUGAUGGACUCCUUAUCAUGCAACUUCGACACGUCAGCUCACGCGCUUUAGAGGAAACAGACUACGAACCAAAUUACAACAAGAUGGAAGUCACAGCCUUCAUCAUGGAAAAUACAGGUCAACGCUUAGUGACAGGGGCCAGCGAUGGAACGAUCAACUUGUGGAACAUCUCCACUGGCGUGCUCAUCAACGCCUACUGCCUUCCUGAUCCGGUCAUCGUCAGCGCAUUUGCUAUCGACAAGUUAACUGUUUACGCAGCUGGCGGGGACAGAAUGGUUUACUUUUUUAACAUGGACGAUAAGAACAAUGAAUCUCUGCGGCACCUCUGGCCCGUGCACAAGGAGGAUAUCAUGUGUAUGACAAUACUCAACUCAGGCCUAGUGACCACCGCCUCGACAGACGGGGACAUCGUCAUCGUGGACCGAGAGAUUAUGCAGAUCGUCUGCAAGCUUAAUCCGUGCCAAAGUCGUUUCCCAUUUCUAAUUACCAGUGCACGCCCAGUAAAACGCCCUUCUCUCGAGCAAUUAUCGGCCAUUGAAGGACAACAGCCUGCAGACCAAACUUCACUCGACUUGCCGGACACAUAUUUCGACGUGUUGAAAGGCGAGUACGUGAGUCGCUCGGAGAGUGACAGACUUUUCUGGUCCUACGACAACUCCGUCGAUGUUUUGUUGUAUCUUGAGCUCCGCCAGCUGCACGACAAGAACACGGCAGUCUUGGUGACCGCAGGGAGCGAAGGCUGGAUUCGAGCUUGGUCCCUUCACAAACUGGGUGGAUUGCAAGGUCAGUUCUGCGCCACAUCAGAUCUUGGUGAAUCGGUGUUGGCCAUGACGACUGACCCUCAAAACGAGUUUCUCAUUAGCGCCGACACACGAGGCUACGUUAAGGUGUGGGACCUGCUCCUCUACUGCAACGGAUCUGUCGAAUCUGUCUUUUCUGAUGAAAGCCGAAACAAGCGAAACGAGAUGCUCUUAAAAAAAUUCAUCUUUCUGAAACAUUCAUUCUUCAGAGACGAGGCAGCAGAAGGCAAGUACGACCCACACAAGAGACCGCCCCCACUGGCCUCUGAACCAGAGUCCACACUGAAGAUUCCACGACUGUUGAAUGUGUUCAGAGCCCACUCCUGCCCCAUCACCUGUAUUACAUACGUGGCCGACCGCGAGCUGAUCAUCACUGGAGACUUAGAGAAAAUGGUGCGUCUAUGGCUGUUGAGCGGCGUUUAUAUCGGUACCUGCGGCGAAGCCUGGUCCGGCCUCAUCAGUCCACAGAGGACUAUGUAUCGACAGCGGAAGCUUCCUCUCAGCCUGCGGCGGUGCGCGUCAUCGCGGACGUUCGUGUCGUGCAUGGAGGACACAUGGCGGAGCUCUGGCAGCGCGCUAUGAGUGUCCUCCAGUCCUAUAUUCGCCGCGGAUGUAAAGCGCUAAUAACCUCCGAGCAAAGUUUGGUGAUCGAAGAGAAGGAGGAGCCAAGCGACAAUAAUGAUGUGGAUGUUAUGAGCGUUGCACCGAUUGAUCAAUCUGACCCCAGGAAGAGUCACAUACUGGGGUCAACGUUCAAACCUAACCUACACUACAAGAAACGCCCCUUUAUAGACCUGCCUCAGGGCCAGUUUCUUGGCUUUCGUCACCUCACCAUACAUGACCUUGACGAAAACAUCCCAUCCACUAAACCGCAAACGAAGACACGAAAAAUC